AACCGGGGCUGGCGGGGCACGUGCGUCAGCGGGAAGGGGAGAGGCGGCCCAGUAGUGCCUGCCAGCGGACACCAGCACGUAUACAAGACAUGGUGGCACUGUUUGGGGCCUGCCAGUAGUUAUGGGCGUGUCCUGCUGUGUUGUACGGUGUUAGUGAGAUCGUAAAGCCAGUGAUCUUGAGGGCCCAGUCAUGCGGUCGCCUCCACCACUGUGUAAAAUGGCCAAAACGUCUGUCAAGCAAUUCUCAGUGGACGAGUUUGAAGUCAAGGGCGACGAUGUGUUUAAAGUUCUUCAUCGCUAUCGGGGUCUAAAGAAAAGUAUCUGCGGGAAGCCUGAGGAGGAAACGCAACCAGAGACAAGUCAAUCGCAGGACACAUCACACAAUGGAAGUUACGACGACGACAAUGAACCUGAUGUCGAGAGCAGCACUUCCACUCCGCGUCCACACAGCCAGAAGAUGAAGAAGACAGAACCACAUGCAAGCAACCUCAUAAACAACAUAGACGAUGCAAGUAAUAAGGACGAAGAUAGAAUGAGUGAAGACGAGGAGACGGAGGAUGAUGAUGCUGGUAGUGUCAUUUCUGAAGGGAGUCAGAAAAGCCAGAACCAGGGGAGAGUCAAGACCCCUCGUGGCAGGAAAAUGUCCAUUCAUGUUUGUCCCUACGAGAACUGCGACAUGUUUUUCACCCGGCCGUUCCGACUUGCUCAGCACAUCCGAACACAUACAGGCGAACGUCCUUAUGUCUGCCCUGCCGAGAACUGCUCCAAGUCCUACGCUCGCCAGCAGCACCUGAAGAGACACAUAGAAGUCUCCCACCAAGAGGAGGAGACAAAGGAAAAGUUGGAGUACCAGUGUGCCAUGUGCGGCCUCACACUGAGUAACGUCUACUGCCUGAGGAAGCAUGUGCAGCGCCACCACGUCACCCGCGACCAGCACAAGUGUGGCGAGUGCGGCCAGGCCUUCGUCAAGCAGCAACACCUUCAGAAACACUCCUACGAGCACACCGGGAUCCUGCCAUUCCCGUGUGAUUACCCUGACUGUGAGAUGCGCUGCCUGACCCCGAGCAGGCUGAAGCGACACAAAUUGACCCACCAGAAAAGCCGCUACGCAUGUCCCAAGGAGUCGUGUGAGGAGAAGUUUGACAAGUACACAGACCUGCAGCAGCACAUCAUAGCCACUCAUCCCAAAGUGUGUGACAUCUGCGGCAGACCGUUCCGAGGGCUACGUGUCUUACGAAAGCACCGACUCAUACACGAAAGCACCACUGAGGCUUUCUUCUGCUCGUACCCGGCCUGUGACAAAUAUUACACGUAUCUCAGCAAUCUCACGGCUCACAUCAAGGAUAAGCACAAGCAGAUGAAGAUUUACGAGUGUGGCGUUUGUGACAAGCGGCUCUCAUCGAAGCAAAAGUUGAUGCUGCACAUGAACACCCACGACCCAGACUACAAGAGGAUCUAUGCCCCAAAGAAGCCCCGCAAGCCACGGAAAGACAAAGGCAGCAUACGGCGAGACUUCACGAGGCUCCUGUCUGGUUACGAUGGUCCUGAGGAGGGUGAGGAUGCGUCUCAAGAGCUGCCGUCCGAGAGCAUUGCCGAGGAGAGUAUGGACACAUUAACUACUUGCCCAGACGAGAGCACAGACACCCAAGAUAAAGUGUUGCCAGCUGAAAAUGAAACCUGUGACAGAGUACUGGAUAUGGAGGAGUUUUGAUGCUUCUCUGAUCAUGGCGAGGGAGCACGAGAGGAGACCACACCCACAGUGACCCGGGGAAGGUUCAGUGUGCCCUUGUCGCCCUUCCCCCUGCCGUCCUUUUGCUUCCCCCCGUGAGUUGACGACACCAUCACUGGUCCAGGCGCUGUCCCUUCUUUGCCACCAGUCUGAAGGAAAAUGGGAUGUACAGUUAAGUGCAACAUAGGUCCAUAUUCUUAAACGUAUCCAAACUCCCACUAUGUCUGUUUCCCAAGGCCACAUAGAUGAUUAACCAGGUUUCAAUGGGUGAGUUUUCCGUUCAAGAUGUAAAACUAUCACUAGGAUCACAGAACAGUCCAUGAAAGGCCCAUCAACUUCCACAAGAGGCUUUUCAAACAGGUGAACUGAGGCGCCGAUAUGUUUAAGAAUGUGGGCUAUAGUUCCUUGAUGUAGUAAAGGAGAGAAGAAAUACAAGACACUUUCAUAAUAUUUGUAAAAGUCAUUGGUAUUUCUCAAGUAUCAGUGAUCCUAGUCUACCAUCAAGUUAAAGAGGAUGUACAGUUAAGUGUGACAUGUUUUCGUGACUUGGGAAAUAACCAGACCACAGCUUUUUCAUAACAUUGUAAAAGUAUAAAGAAGUGAUCCUGGUAUUGCUUUCUCUGUCUACCAUCAAAUCAAACAAGACACACAGUUAAGUACGACAUGUUUUCGUGACUUAGGAAACAAAUAUACAGACCAUGGCUUUUUCAUAACAUUGUAAAAGUACGAAGAAGUGAUCCUGGUAUUGCUUUCUCUCAGUCUACCAUGAAAUCAAACAACACACACAGUUAAGGACGACACAUAUCCUCGACGGAGUAAAAAAUAAAUACAAACUGCCCUCUCGUAUUUGUAAACGUUAAUGGUAUGUUUUAAGUACUAGAAGUGACCCUAGUAUUGGUAACAAGACGCAUAUAUAUAUUCUUUUAGGAGGGAUAGCAUUGUCUGUGAUACUGGACUGGAGUUGAGGGUAAAUGAGGUUGUGUGGAAUGACUUUUGAGUGAUUGUUCUGGUUGUGUCCGAAUGUUUCAAGAGUGUGUUAGUGAGUGAAUAUAUUAAUGUGUUCCCAUGUGUCCGAGUGUCUCAAGAGUGUGUGAAUGAAUGGGUAACUUCAUGUCUUCCCCUCGUGUUCUGAUAUUGUGUUCCAUGUGUGUCGGAGUGUUUCAAGAGUGUGUGAGUGAUUGCAUUGCCGUAUGUGUUCCCGGUGUGUCUGAAUGUUGUGUUUCCCAUGUGUCAGGGUGUUUCAAGAGAGUAUGCAAUGUAUGGGUAGCUUUAUGUCUUCCCCUUGUGUUCUGAUAUUGUGUUCCGUGGGUGUUGGAGUGUUUCAAGAGUGUGUGAGUGAAUGCAUUGCCGUGUGUGUUCCCAGUGUGUCUGAAUGUUGUGUUUCCCAUGUGUCUCGGUGUUUCAAGAGAGUGUGCAAUGUAUGUGUGUGGAUAAUUUAAGAUGGUGUGUGUAUGAAUGUAUGAAUUAGUGUGUUCUUCAUGUGUCUGGUAUCAAGAUGGUAUUUGUAUGAAUGUAUGAAUAACGUGUCUGGAUGUUUUAAGAUGGUAAGUGAAUGAAUGAAUAUAUAAAUGUGUUCUCUCUGUGUCCUUAUGUUCUAACCUGGUGUGUGAAUGUACGAAUGUGUCGUCUGUGUCUUUUGAAGUCCUAAGGUGCUAUAUUUGUGUCCCGUCUUUUGGCAGUGGAAUGUCUAAAACUUACUCUGGGCUUGACACUUCCCUGUGCUUACUGUGAAAGGCUGAUAAUUAUUAAGUUGAUGAUUAUACCCAAGAAUACUAAUUAGGCAAUAUUAUAAAUCUUUCCCUAUAGUGAAUACUCUUCUGUGUGUGUAUUUGUAGAACAGUAAGAUGAGGAAUUCUGCAUACAAAUAUAUAUUAUACUUAAU